UUCACCUGUGCUCCCACAGCUGACUCAGUCCUUGCCUCAGGUGAUCAGUGGUUCAGGCCAUGACUCAACAGUUCCCACACAUGCUGGAAUACAGCCUAUUUGAUAAAGCUCCAUAUAUAAUCAGUCCAAAUAUUUAGUUGAUUUUUUGAGAAAAACUUUGUCAACUUUUAAUUCUUUCCUGUAGCCUGAAGUAGUAGAAGAGACCUGGGAGGAAAUGAUAAAGAUGCUUGAAAGAGAUGUGAAUUUAUUACUUGUUACACUAAGUGAUUGCACAAGUGAGGUGUGUGAGGGAGCCAAUUAGAAAAGGACAUAUUUGGCCAUCUUCAUUCUGGUGCCAAAGUCAUGCCUAUUUUGUGUCACAAAAAUUCUCAUAGCAGUCUUGCAAGAGAGCUUUUCAUACAUCCAGAGCUUACAUCAAUCUGCAGCAUUCUUCAGAACACAAAGGUAACAAGCAAAAGUAUAUUUGAGAACUGCUGCCAGUACUAGGGCUUCUGUUGUGAUUGCUGUUUAAAUCCAGGAUCGUGUUCCUCAUACAGAUAACUUUAAAACGGUUGGUUCUCUUUGAGAAUUAGAUAUGUUUGCCUUUUUAUCUCUUUCACUCUUGUUUUUGUCUGUAGCUACAUCUAAAGGAGGUGACUUUAACAAAAGCAAAAUUUGAUUUGAAAUAAGUAGCUUCAUCAUGACAAUUACAUUGGUUUUUGUCAUUCUUGUUGAAUGCUACAUUCUCAGUCUGCCGUUUUAUAAAGGAAAGCAGGACUUGAAACUUUCUGAAAGUAGGCCUCUUGUUAAUUUGGUUAGCUUGUCAACUCUCCUGUCAAGUAGUUGAACUACUGUUCUGCCUUAAAUGCUGACUUACUAAUUCCUUCUAUUCUCCAUAUUUCUCAAUGAAUUUUAUUUAGUUAUCCAUAUUUAUCUAAAGGUCCAAAAUGACAAUUUUCUCUAAAACAUGCACUGCUAUUGCUUUUAAAAACUGUUUUUCCAGGCUCCAUUUCAUCCUUUCAUAGGUCACCUUGAUGUUUACUUUGUCAGACCUCUCAAUAGGAUUCCUUGAACACUUCUGGUAUAAGACAGAAACUGCGUGUAUCCUGACUUUCUGAGAAAAUGCAGCAGAAUCCAUCCUUGAUUUUAGAAAUUUCAGUGCAGUAGACACAGUAAACGAAAAGCACAAAAUGAUCAUUGCAUAGAACCUUUCUGCAUGUUUGUAUUGACCUUUUUUUUUUUCCAUGUCUAGCUGCCAGUUUGCACUAAACUUAAGGAGGUUUUGCUUAUCAACUCUGGUAGUAAAACGUUUCUGAAACAGACUAAAACGGUUUGUAUUAGAUUUUGUACAUACAGGAACUCCACACUGUGUUGCUGAAGCAGACAGGCUGUUCAUGCUGUAGAAGGCUACAAAAAACAGCUUUCUAGUGAAAGUUUUGGGUCACUUUUUUAUUUUUUAAAUCCCAUCUAAAAUAUUAGUAAGAUCUAUUAAUUACAGCUGUACGUGUAUAGCAUGGGAAGUAAAUUUUACGUGUGGAGAUAUUGUGGAAGGGAAAAUAAUUUAAUUUGUGACUAAAGAUUCAACAGAGUUGCUUGCUUUAUCAUUAUCAACCUUAACAUGGAAAUUGAAGUGACUAGAGAACUCUAUUUACUUGUAAACAAAAUUACUGUAGUCAAGUAUUUUGCAAAAUUUUACAAAAGUUGUUUUUUGUUGUUGUUGUUUUUUGUUUUUUUUUAAAGGAUCUUCAUGUUGGUGUUGUUUAUGCCAGAACAUAAUAAGCAAGGCAAAUUAGCUCCAGUCUUGUGUAAACUUUGUGUAACUAGCAAACACAAUGCAAUUGAGUAUGAAACUCAGGUGACUUUGGAAAUGAAGGAAAAGUUCUGAGCUCUCUGACUGGAAGCUGAACGUGAUGACGGCCUGGUCUAUGGUAGGGAAACUGAAAAUGGAGAAGAGGCACUCCAGAGAAGACAGAAAUGUGGAACAAGAUGCUGGGGAAUGCAGUGCUGAAUCUGAGGAAUGGACAAGCUCAGAAAGUGAACCUGAGCAACCGUACUUCCAAAGCAGCUGCAGCAGUAUUCCAUGGAGAGAAAAAGAGGUUUCCACUAAACCACAUCGGCCACUCUGUCGCUCCCCGUGCUUGGAUCGCCCAAGUUUUUCACAGAGCAGUAUCACGCAAGACUUGAAACUAGAGGAAUGCAAAACAAAUUUGGACAAGGAAUACCAAGCCAAAAUGGAUUUUGCUUUAAAGCUUGGGUAUGCAGGAGAUCAGAUCCAGGCUGUACUGAAUAAACUGGGAGCAGAUGCGCUCAUCAAUGAUGUUCUGGCAGAACUUGUGAGACUUGGUAACAAAAGUGAAUCAGAGGGACAGAACAGCAGUACCACUAAUACUCUGGUGCCAAGAGGUCCUUGCCCAAAGGAAAUAACAAGCCCUGAAUUGUCACUUGAAGAUGAAGUUGUGGAUAACAGUGAUAACUUGAGGCCAAUUGUCAUUGAUGGAAGCAAUGUGGCUAUGAGCCAUGGAAACAAAGAAGGAUUUUCCUGUCGGGGAAUUCAACUAGCUGUUGAUUGGUUUCUGGAAAAAGGACAUAAAGAUAUCACUGUGUUUGUACCUGCAUGGAGAAAAGAACAGUCUAGACCAGAUGCACCAAUUACAGAUCAAGAAAUCUUACGGAAAUUGGAGAAAGAAAAAAUUCUUGUUUUUACCCCAUCUCGAAGAGUUCAGGGAAGAAGAGUAGUUUGCUACGAUGAUCGAUUCAUAGUAAAGCUUGCUUUUGACUCAGAUGGCAUAAUUGUAUCAAAUGACAACUAUCGAGAUCUUCAAAAUGAAAAACCAGAAUGGAAGAAGUUCAUAGAAGAGCGGCUGUUAAUGUAUUCUUUUGUGAAUGAUAAAUUUAUGCCUCCUGAUGAUCCUCUAGGACGCCAUGGUCCAAGCCUUGAAAAUUUCUUAAGGAAAAGGCCAGUUAUUCCCGAACAUAAAAAACAACCGUGUCCCUAUGGUAAAAAGUGCACCUAUGGGCACAAAUGUAAAUAUUACCACCCAGAACGGGCAAACCAGCCUCAAAGGUCAGUAGCGGAUGAGCUUCGAAUAAGUGCCAAAUUAUCUGCUGUGAAAACAAUGAGUGAGGGAGCCUUGGCUAAAUGUGGCACAGGGCCCUCCAGCUCCAAAGGAGAGAUCAAUUCUGAAGUGAAACGCAUUGCCCCAAAGCGUCAGUCAGAUCCAAGCAUUAGAUCAGUAGCUGUGGAGCCUGAGGAAAAGUUAACAGUAGCCCGGAAGUCCGAGGCCAACUCUGUCCCAUCUCUGGUUUCUGCAUUAAGUGUACCAACGCUCCCUCCACCAAAAAGCCAUGCAGCUGGUGCAUUAAAUACUCGUUCUGCAAGCAGUCCAGUGCCAGGUUCCUCACAGUUCACGCAUCAGAAAUCCUCACUGGAACAUAUGUCCAGUGUGCAAUAUCCUCCAAUAUUAGUCACCAAUAGCCAUGGCACCUCAGUUAGUUACACUGACCAGUAUCCCAAAUACGAAUCGUUAGGGGACCAUGGCUAUUAUUCCUUACUCAGUGAUUUCUCCAACUUGAGCAUAAGUAGUAUGCAUAACACAGAUUAUUAUGGGGCUGAUAUGGACCAGGGGAUGUAUUCUAGAAACUCAAGCCCCUGUCCUGACAAUUGCUUAAGCCAUACAAGUAAUGAUUCUUAUUCCUCUUACAAUGACUUGUAUCUGGGUGUAGCAGAUGCCAGUCCAGAAGAUAAUGUGAAGAUCCACAGACUGACAUCGCAAAAUCGUCUUCAGCCUUUUCCCCAUGGUUACCAUGAAGCCUUAAAUAGAGUUCAGAGUUUUGGAACUGAAGAGCCUAAACAAUCCCUUCGCAAACAGUCUGUUUCCCACUUAGGCCUGCAUGCCCAGCAUCCAGUUGUUGGAGCACGGUCCAGUUGUCCAGGAGAAUACCCUGUGCCUCAAAAUAUUCAUCCAUCAACUGCACAAUCAAGCCGUGCCUUGGUCAUGACAAGAAUGGAUAGCAUUUCUGACUCACGGCUUUAUGAAAGUAAUCCUACAAGGCAGAGAAGACCACCUCUGUGUCGAGAACAGCAUGCUAGUUGGGAUCCAUUACCGUGUGCAACAGAAUCUUAUACUUAUCAUUCAUAUCCACUGAGUAACAAUCUCAUGCAGCCAUGUUACGAACCUGUAAUGGUAAGAAGCAUGCCUGAGAAGAUGGAGCAACUGUGGAGGAAUCCAUGGAUUGGGAUAUGUGGUGAGCCACAGGAACCACAUAUUAUCCCAGAACAUCAGUAUCAAACAUACAAGAAUCUCUGCAAUAUCUUCCCACCAGGCAUUGUCCUUUCUGUGAUGGAAAAGAAUCCCCACAUGACAGAUGCACAACAGCUGGCAGCUAUGAUUGUUGCCAAAUUAAGAACAGGGCGUUGAAAUGUUAUAACCUCUUUUGUAUAAAUGAAACUAUACAGCACAUAGGAACUGGUAGAAAAAUUAUAUAAAGAAGGAAGUAGGCAAAUCUAUUGUAAAUAUUUUCUAAUAAGGUAGGAUAAACUUCUGUAUACAGUAGUUGUUGUAUAUGUAUUGAGGCACUAUUUAAGAGUUGAUUGUAUUGUAAAUUUUAAGAUUUUAAAAAUAGAGAUUUUUAACAGUAUUUUACAGGAAAUGCAUACCUUGCUGCAUGGAUAGUUCAUGAAGAACUACAAUGUCACAUUCAGUGUCUCAAAGCUUUUAAUACAAAAUUAUUAUUAGCAGUUAUAUUGCAUGUAUUAAUGUACACUUUCAAUUUGAUUAUAAAUACCUAAUUGGCCUUUCAAAGCAUGCUGUAUACAAUCCCAGAUGAUUUCUAGGGUUUCAGCUUUGCCAUUUGACACCGCCUUAUUGGUACCUCAAGUAUUGAAGAAAAAUAACUUGACAAAAAUUACUCAAUUUGUAAAAUGUUGAAUCUUUUUCAGUUUUUGGAUGUUAAUAUUGUUGGUAUUUCUUAAAUUUCAAAACUGUUCCCCAUGAGUUUAUUACAGUUACUUCAGUCCAACAGAAGCCAAAUACUUCAUUAAAUCAGGACCAAAACAUUAAGGAAUAUGUAGGCGUGCUAAAACUAAAAUAUGUUUUAACUGUAGCUUCCUUCUUCAGAAUUGCCUGUCAGCUGUGCAGUAAGCAGCUGCUGCUCCAGAUGAUUAGAGAAGAUGAAAGAAAAUUGUCAGUUGAGUAUAAAUUGGAUUACUCAGACUCAAAUAGCAGGAACUGAAAGUUAAUGCAGAAACUCAUCAGUAACUACAGCCCUUCUGUGGGCAAAGAUGGCAUUUAACAUGCAAAAUGGCCAUAGAAGAUCAGCCUAUAAAAGGAGUGGCUGUUUCUUGAAAAGAGAUGCUACAGUUCAGGUUUGUGGCAAAGCUUGCUUGGUUUUGCUCUUCAGAUCCACGCAGAGGUGUGCAUUUGCCUCAUGAACGUUUCUAAAAUUUCUGUUUCAACAAGUAAGAUGAUUUUGUGUGGCAUUGUUUGCUCAACUGGUAUUUUGCUCAGGGUGGGAACCUUUGUAGCUAAAUGUCUCCAAAAGAGGCGUUUCUUGUUUUUUAAGCUGCACUGACUGAACGCCCUUUUUUGACUCCAUUGUAUAUUUCAACAUUUUGAACCAUUACUAACUCGAUAUGUCUCGAGCUAGGACUUAAUGACUUCUACUGUAGUUUUUUUCAUGAAAGCUGAGAAGGCCUAGUUUAUGGCCUUUUGUUUCUUCAUGAGAAGGUGUGACACUGCCUAAAUGUUUCUUACUGUGAAACACACGGAAUGUGAGGCUGCAGUCAGGGUUGUUUCUGGUGUUUUGAUAACGGCUUGCAUGCUGCUUUCUCACUCUCUGUUUGUCUAAGGAACAAAACAACAUCAUUUCCACAUUUGCAUUACUGUAUAAAUGGUUUGAUUCACAACAUUGUGAAGCUAUUUAUCGUGGGCAAAAUGUAUUCCUGCAAGUCAAAAGCAACAAAGAAAACCAUUAUAGGUGCGAUGACAGUUAAUGUACUGAUAAUCAAUAACCAUUUCAUUUCACACAUGACAAAUACUCUUCUGUUGGUACAGGGAACAAAUAUAAUGACCAUGUCAUUACAUAUUUGAGUUAACUUGAAGGUGAUUUGUGCUUACACUCAGUGUUUAAAAAUAACUAUGUUUUAAUUAGUUGGUUAUUGUCACUGUUAAUAGUGAAAGUAAAUCUUUGGAUACCUACAGUAGCUGGAGGGAACAGAUUUAACUCUUGACCAAUAUCCAAAAACAUUUCUUAUUAACCAACAUUUUAGAUUUUUAAUUUGCAAUUAAUUCUUAUUCUCUUGCAUGGUAUUAAGCAGCUGAGAGCAAUGCCUCAAAUAACCAGAAAUGACCUUUUGUUUGUUGAUACAAAUUGUAUCUCUUUUUCUUGAUUGUAUAAAAACUGUUUAAAAAAACAAAAAAAAAAACACAAAAAAAAACUAACAACCCAUAAACCUCUAGGUUAACUUCAGUAUUACAUGUUCACCGUAAUGUUUGUGACACCAUGUGUCACACAGAAGUAGCCCAUGAGUAAUUAUGAUUUUCUGUUAUUUAAAAUGGGCACUUAAAGUUUAUAGAUGAGCAAGACAACUUGUCAGAACUGGUUUAUUAUGUGCACAGAUACUGUGUGUACACCUCAAAGCAUUACAUGGUUAUCUUUAGUCUAUUGAGCAGAUACAUCCUUGCACUAAAUCUUAUGUAAAAAUGUUGCUGUUAACUCAUCUGCAUGUGUUUAAAAAGUAACAAUAUAAUUACUGUAGACCCUGCUUUAUUCUAAACACAUUAAUUUAUAAUUUAUUUAGGCUUAAAAUGAAGUUUAUUUUGCACUCACAUUUUUCCAUCUUGCAUGGAAUUAAAUAUUUGUAUGUAAAAACACGUUUGUCCCCUUUUUCUCCCAUUAUAAAGGUAAGCUAUCUUAAGAGGGCUUGGUGCGUGUUUUUGAUAUUUUAAUGUGUGGAAGCCUGAGCAGAAGUUACUGUAUGAAGCCGUGCGUGAUUUAUGGAGAUAGCCAUUUUUGUAGGACUUGUCUAGUUGUUUUCAUGUUCACAAACUGUUGUCUUACUGAUAAAAAAAAAGGGAUCAUUAUAAACAGAAAAGCUAUGGUACUGCUAACAUGCAUACCAUUUCUGUAAGGCACUUUGAAAGCUAAUUGUCUUUUUAUAAAAAGCUAUUUGCAUCCAUCCUAUGUGGAGUUUCUGAAUGGGCAGUGUAGCCUUGUGCAAAUAAUUUGCAGAUGUGCUUGUUUAGUCCACCUUAGAGGAAAUGAAACUUUUAUAUGUGAUGUAGUCUUUCCUAAUCCAUUAGUUAAGUGACAAUUCCAAUAUCUGCAUCUGUUCUCAGAUAUGUUUACAAGCCAAUUCAAAACACUGACACGUGAAUUAAUCUUCAGCGCAAAAGCUUAGAUUUCUUCUUACAUGGAAGAGUUGAUCUUAUUAACACAUGAUCAUAACUGUCUAUAUUGUAAAUAUAAGACUGUAUAAAUGCUCUUUCUGAGAGCAUGGUACUCAGAUGUUUUUAAAACUGUAAGUAAGCAGUUCUAGAAACUGUAUUUUAAUAAAAUCCAAAAGAUUCUAGCUGAGGAACUGCAAAAAGAAAUAAAGUACUAAGAUGAAAUCUUGCAAGACAACGGCAUACAUUAGUGGAGCCAGUGCUUACUCUAGGCAUUCUGAAUUACUGAUCUUUAGUCUUCAGCUGUAUUACUUUCACAUAAUUUAUCACUUAAGAGUGCAUAACGUUAAAUUCUUGAUUCAAAACUCAAAUGCUUUAUUGAAAGUCAGUCUAAUUUUGUGUUUUUGUAGUAACUACAUGUUAGUAAUAUAUUAAGUUGUACAUAUAGAACAUUUGACUACUGUUAGUCCUGUUGUUGUCUUAUUGAGCUACAGUAGUGGGCUUUAUUCAUUUGUAGAAUUAAACAUUACUGUUUAAUUGUUGUAAAAUUUUAUAAAUCUCUUUGGGUUAUUUUGGUUGACCCAAAUAUAAUGUAAGUCUCAAUGACAAAAUGAGUGAAAAAUGGAUGUUAAGCCAAUAUGUGGUAUUUAUAAAACACUGUAGUAAGUGUGCAAAUGCUCUAGAUUGCAGUUGCAUGGAUAUCAUUCACUAGCAUGAGUCUGUUUAGCUUUUUGUAAAAAUCUUUUAAAUUUAAACUCUUGAAAAUAGUAAGUGGGCAUAUGGUUGCUUAGGCCAAGCAAAAGAAUCCUCAGAAAACGACAAAAAACAAAGUCUCUAUUUAAGUAGGUUCUCCAUACACACUGUUAAUGCCAGUUUGCCUCAAACUCUGAAUUUUGGCAUUUUGGAAUUCUU